AUGGAUUCAGAAACCAAUGUGAACGAAAUUGAUACAGAAGUUUUGGAAUCCAUUCCCCUUUCCGACGCACCUGAGCUUGAAUCUGCGGAAACACCGACGAAAAUCGACUUAAAGGAGGGAGUUGAAACCAAUGUUCUUGAGAAGGGCAAGAGAAUUGUGGUUACUUUGCUUGAAAACGUUUUUGUGAUCAAAUGGGUUGUUGAGCAUCAGUGGAAACGAUAUUGUUGCGGUGGGGAAUCCGAGAGAACUAGAGCUUAUCAUGUUUGGCCCGGAAACAAUGUGUUUUUCUUCGAAGGACGAUUAAUCUGUGGCCCAGAUCCAAGAGGAUUACUCUUGACUGCUGUUCUUGUCAACUUGAUCUUGGUUAGUAUGAUCGAUCCCGGAAUUAUUCCCAGAAAUGAUCAAUCAUCUCAUGAAUUUGGUAGCAACGGUAGAACCAAAAAGAGGAAGGUAACUGUCAAUGGGGUAGAAGUAAAAUUGAAGUAUUGUCGAAUUUGUAACAUUUACCGUUCACCUAGGAGCUGCCAUUGUGCUGUCUGUGACAAUUGCGUCGAGAAAUUCGAUCACCACUGCCCGUGGAUCGGUCAAUGCAUUGGUCUGGUACGCAAUAUCUCAACCUUACAACCCCUUGUUACGUACACAAAAGCAAUAAAUUGUCGCGGAUGUCUUGUAUUUUCCCCUCAAUUGUAUCUACUCUUGACUUAA